UGGGAGUCUCACUCAUUGGCUUCCCUCUUUGCCUACACAGGGCCAAAGGAGAAGAUGCGCUGCUACCCCAAUGCCUCCUUGUUUCAGCUCCUCUGCCUCUGGCUGACCCUCGCCUGCUGCCAGGCUGCACCUGUGACUAUUGGACAGAUCAGAGCUGACAUUAAAAGUCUCGCAAAAACCACGAUGACCAGGAUCGCACAGCAGCACUUCCCUGCAGUGAACACGAGGAUCGCUGGGUUAGAGUUCAUCCCUGAGGACCUUCCUGCGUUGAACCUGCGGGCCAUAGGCAAAACUCUGGAGACCUUCAACCAGGUCCUCUCCAAUCUGCCUCUGCACGAGCCCCUUAAUCAAAUACCCUAUGAUUUGGAGAACCUCUGGAGCCUUUUGAAUCUGUUGCACACUCGGCUCCAGUGCCCUGCUGCUGGACACUCCGUGACCGAUUUGUUGCCGCCCCAGAAGAACCUGCUGGCGGCCACUCCAUACACCUCAACAGCAGUGACUCUGCACCGACUCCAAAACAUCCUACAAAUUAUUGCUAAUGCUGCGAAUACUAUGCAGCAGUGCUAGGAGGAGGUGCAAAGGCUCUGGCCCAGGGUCUCCUUGGUUUUCGAUGUUCUGGUCAGGUCAGGUCUCACCCAGAGGGCGCCACAUGCUAUGCAAGAAAAAAAACACCUC